CCAGCCUUUAGCCCUUGCUUCCUCCCUUCUUUCGUGGGCUUGGGACAUUGACCACCACCCCUUCUAACCCAUCAACCUAACCUAAGCCACCAACAAAGCCCCUUGUUUCCCGGUGUUUGUUCGUUCAUUUCUCCUCAUUUGGCUCGUCAUUUCCAUCUCCCCACUGCUCAUUUUUUAGCUGCAAUCAUUCCGCUGCGAUAUCGAUUACAAUCUCCAUCAUGGACGCGGUCGAUGGACCCACGAACGUAUCCACUAUAGCCAUGGCCUCCGCUCGGUCGUCUGACGUGCCACCCAAUACCCAUGGGGAUCACGGCUCGAAUGGAUUUAUGGUCAAAAGCCCGUCGUCGGACCCGUCCUUGGACUCGCCGAGUGUGUCAUCGCCCACGGAAAGCGCUUCCAAUCCUACCACCACGCCCGAGAAUGAGGAGGACCAUCAUGAGAAGAGAGGACCCGAGGAUGAGGAGGAAGAAGAGGAUGCGACGGAUGCGAAGGGCACCAACAUCCUUGGUUAUCUUCAACAUCUGACCCAGGAGAAGGUGCAAGAGGUGGCCAUGGACUUCACGACCCUCACCCUCAAAGAUAGCCCGCAAUACGAUAUCUCCGAGGGCAAACGCUUGGCUAUUGUUUUCAAUCAAGAGCGCUUCUUAUAUGAUCUGUCAGAUCGGCGAGGCACCGAGCAAGAUUGUCAGAGCAUUUUGCAAACCUUUGAUAAGUUGGGAUUCGACGUACAGAUCUACGACGAUCUCAAGUUGUUCCAAAUCGAGCGGGUCAUCCAGAAGCUCCAAGCUCCGGAUCAACCCGAGUUGGCUUGUUUGGUCAUCUUCAUCCUCACCCACGGAGAGGACAAUGGCGUGCUCCAUUCCCAUGAUAAACCCUAUCGAUUGGACAAGUCCAUCAUCAAUGAGCUCUUGCCCAGCAAUUGCCCGGCCCUCAAGAGCAAGCCCAAAUUGAUCUUCGUCCAAGCCUGCCAAGGCAAGCAAACCGAUCCGGGGGUAGAGGUCCGGGUUCGAUCCCGACACACGUCCACGGACGGAUCUAGCUCAAGCAAUUACCGCAUUCCACACCACUCAGAUCUGUUGAUAUUCCAAGCGGCCUACCAUGGACAUUACUCGUUUCGGAGCAAAAGCGGAAGCUGGUUCAUUCAAGCUCUCUGCCACGCCCUGGAUCAGAGCUCGGAUAUGGAUAACAUUCAUUCGAUUCUCAUUAAGGUGAAACGAUUCGUGUCUCUCUACAAGGAAUCGAAUGUACCUGGUCACGACGAACUGGAUCGGAAACGACAAAUCCCUCUCGUCCAAGACACGCUAAUCCGGGAGCUCUACCUCAAACAGCGAGGGCCCAACAGGGACUACCAACUAAACGGUUGCUUGCCAACUCAUCCAACAUCACUUGCCGUCCCUGGCGAGCCCGUGGGCAUCGUGGUAGCCAUUGGCGACUCCUCACCGUCCAAUGUGGCCUCAACUCCUAAAAAAACGAAGAAAAGUCCAAAAGACAAAAAUUGUCAGUUAAGUUAAGUUUUGCUCAAUGUCUUUCGCGCCUGACAACGAACGAACGAACAUCGAAUGUUAGUUACCCAUGAAAAGUUACCCAGAAUAUUCUUCCGAUUGUGAUUAGACGUCUCAAGGUCUCUUGACACCUGCUUGUGAUUCUCACGUUACUUAAGGUCAUGUCCCUAUGAAAUGAGCAUUCUCUACAUUGCUUCAUCUUAUCCAGGCCUGGCACUCAAGUCUGCCUUGCUUACGCUUUUCUAGCAUUGCAUUAUUAAGAAUUCAGAUAAUCUUUUUACACGAAUGAAUCCAUGACCGAUACCAUAUAUAACAUUCUCAAUACAACGGGGCCAACCAAGGUGCUCGUUCCCACUAUAAAAUAUGAAAUACAAGUGCAAGGCCUAAACGCCACUUAAGAUUACAAGGAUUAUGUACUUUUAUUAGUAGCACCCACACUGAUUAAUAAAGAGUUGCGGUUAA